GGAAUGUGGCAGCUGCUUAGCGGAUCUUGGCCGCAGCCUCCCUGGGAGAGUGGGAGAGUGGGAGAGCUGGAGAGCUGGAGAGCUUGUGCCGGCUGCCCGACCCGCGCUGCGACCCCUGGGCGAACAGAGUCCCGUCCCGUCUCAGCAGAGAACCAGUACGCCGUCCGUGUCUCCCCUCUUGCAUUGUCAGUACACAGUAUUGUGCAACAACUCCAAGAUACCCAGUCGCCAUCACCAAGACUACCCUUCACCACACCCCCUCCUCGGCCCACCUCUCGCCCAAGCCAUCGGGACAGCCCUGACAACAGCAGCCGUGCCUCUCCAGGCCAUGCUCUGACCCUCCCUUCUUCUGCCUGGAACCCCUGGCGACCGAGCUCCCGCGACCGCGACCCUGCCCGUGACGGCAUCGAGGGCGCCCUCUGCCCUCGCCACCAGCCGCCAUGUUCACCCUUUCGAGCUUCGUCCACAAGGCCCAGCAGCUGCUCGAUCCCAUGCAGGGCCUGAACCUCACCGACUCCGACAGGAACCCCUCCAAGGCCACCCUCUUCCAGAACCAGUUCCGACUCCCCUCCACCCAGCAUCCCUUGUACGAGAUCAAUGCCGAGCUCACCAUCCCGCCCUCCAAUGCCACACAGGGCGGCAAGAACGACAAUGGCUUCCACUAUGCCGGCAAGAUACACCUGUCCGAGGCCUACAUGUGCUUCUCCACGACCCCCUCCAGCUUCCUGUCCUCAGCCACAACCUCCACCUCCCUGGCCUUCACUGGUCAGACUCACGGCGGUGGUCCAAGCGGCAAUGGCUUCACCUUUCCCCUGUCGUCUAUCCGGAGGGUCGAGAGACUAAAUAGCCAGAACUACCAGUUUGCCCUGGCCAUCACCACCUGGAACGGCCUGGCACAAAACUCGGGCAAGGACAAAGAUAAAGAGGCCAACAAGGAUAACAAGGAGAUACGAGAGCAGCGGAUAACCAUCGUACUCGCUGGUAGCAGGCCGGCGUGCGAGAGGUUCUGUGACGGCCUGAAAAAGGGACUGCGCGCCGGUGUGGGGAGCGUUGGGAAGCUCAAGAAGGUCAUCGCCGAGUGCUAUUCCGAGUACCUGCUCCGGCCAGAAGACAAGAAGGCCGCCAGCCCACCAGAUGCGGGCCUUGGUAUGCUGUUCCGAUACCCCGGUGACCCUAAAAAGCUGCGAGAUCGGGCCAAGAUGCGACUGUGGGCAGAGUACCUGCGUGACAAUGGCCGCAACGUCAAUCUCAUCCGACAACCCACCUUCCACAAGCUCAUCCGAGUCGGUCUGCCAAAUAGGCUGAGGGGGGAGAUCUGGGAGCUGACGUCCGGCUCCUUGUACUUGCGCCUUGAGAACCCGACGCUCUACUCCGAUACCCUAAAUAAAUUCCAGGGCCAGGACUCACUCGCAAUCGACGAGAUCGAGAAGGAUCUGAAUCGCAGCCUGCCCGAGUAUCCCGGGUUCCAAAGCGAAGAAGGCAUCGGCCGGCUACGUCGGGUGCUUACUGCGUACAGUUGGGUCAAUACCGAUGUUGGUUAUUGCCAAGCCAUGAACAUCGUCGUAGCUGCGCUACUGAUUUAUAUGUCAGAGGCUCAGGCCUUCUUCCUAUUAUCAGCCCUCUGCGAUCGUCUCGUACCCGGCUACUACUCCACGACCAUGUACGGCACAUUGCUCGACCAGAAGGUGUUCGAGAGCUUGGUCGAGAAGACGAUGCCAGUGCUCUGGGACCACCUCGUCAAGAGCGACGUGCAGCUGUCGGUGGUGUCCCUGCCGUGGUUCUUGUCACUUUACAUAAAUUCCAUGCCACUGGUCUUCGCAUUCAGGGUUCUGGAUGUCUUUUUCGUCGAGGGGCCCAAGGUCCUGUUCCAGGUCGGACUGGCAAUCUUGAGGAUAAACGGGGAGGAUCUCCUGGACUCGACAGAUGACGGUGCUUUCAUAUCGGUCCUGAAGUCAUACUUUUCGCGCCUGGAUGAGUCGGCCCACCCCAAGUCGGAAAACCCAAAGCUGCGCGCUGUAACGCGGUUUCAGGAGCUGAUGGUGGUGGCAUUCAAGGAAUUUUCGCAGGUCACGCACAGCACCAUUACGGACUUGAGGUUAAAGAACAAGGACGCUGUUCUCAAUAAUAUCGAGAACUUCGCCAAGAGGACGGCCAUCAGGAACCUCGGGCCAGAUGCCAAGAUCAUGAGCACAGAUGAGCUGGGCGCGCUAUACGACAGGUUCUUUGGCGUGCUUUACGAGCGGCAGCAGCGCAGCAACCUUCUCCUGCAGGAGCAGCAGCGGAAAGCCAAGACAGGCCGGCCCAAGCUGGGCGAUGUACACCACCAGGAGGCGGUAGAAAAGGGGAGAGUCGGCGUGGGCGCCCCGAGCACAUCAGAGAUGGACUACGACGCCUUCCGCGAGUUCCUUGCGGCCAUGUGUAAGUGGGCCAUCUCCGACUCGCCAACGACGCCUCGCCGAGACACGUUCCAGGAAAGCAACAAAAGCCCUUACUUCAGCAGCCUGCGGAAAGCAGAUGUCUAUACCGGGCCAUGGGGCACGGGACCUGAACCAACAGACCAUGAAUUCCUCCAGCGCCUGUUCAGACUGUGGGACAAGGGCUCGAAAGGCCAGGUAACAUUACAGGAUGUCGUCUCUGGGAUGGCGCGAAUCAAGGGCAAGACGGACAUCAUGGGUACUAUCACCUACUUCUUCGAGCUCUACGACGACGACGGAGAUGGCAGAGUAGAUCGAGAGGGUAUAUUGCGCAUCUCCGAAGCUCUGCUCUUUCUGUCUCGCAGAGGCUUAGAGGGCAGCCUCAGCCCUACGGCCUCCCAGGUGCGCCUGAACGGAAUCCAGGACUCUGGCGCCAAUCCGAACAGCCCAAACAGCUCGAUGCCGGAAGCGACUGUAAACGAGAGGUUCCUCGGCAGUGUCAGCGCCUUCAUUCGACGCUGCUUUGAGUACGCAGACCCCGACCAUCCCAACCACCAAGCACCAGCCGCCAAAAGUAGCAUUGCUGAAGGCGAGGAUAAUAUUGCUGACCCCAGCGCAUUCGCGAUUGGGGAUGACGACGACGAAGAAGAGGAGGAGGAGGAGGAAGAAGAUCUCCUAGACUUAGAAGACACACCAAAGGACGGCAAGAAGAUGCCCAAGAAAUCAAACAUCCCACCAGCAAUCAACGUCAUCGACAGCAACAAGAACGCAACACCGGGAGAGACAGACGACCACCGGCGUGUAUCCAAGGCACAAUCUGAGAAGGCGAAUGUUGCUCUGGACCCCUCCAACCCCCUGUACAUGACUUUGCCCACGUUCAGAAUGGUGAUCCUCGCCGACGAGCUCCUAGAGCAGUUCUUCGAGUCCAGCUUCCCGUCCUCGUUCCACAUCAUCGAGGGUCUCCCAACCAGCUCGGGAGCAAGCUCCUCCAACCUCACCACCUUCUCCAGCCUUGGCCAGUCGGCCGGUCGGGCAGCAGCAGCAGCCAUGGGCGGCGCGCCUGGCGCCGGGGCAGGCGGCAGCCGUGGCCUUCGAGGUGUGUUGGACGGCAUAGUCACGGACGGCAUGCGGGUGGCAGCUGAGGUCAGGAGGAGGAUGGACGAGGCGCAGAAGGAGUUGGAGAAGAACGCCACCGCGGGCCAGCACAACAGGGCCGCGCAGGGCGAGGAGGACGACGAGGAGGACGAAGACGCGGACAUCGACGUGCACUCGCUUCGGACGCCGACGGGCCGCGGAGACGCCGAGGGGAGGAGUAUCAGGAGCGUCAGGAAUGAGGACCGCAUGCUACUGGAGGGUGCAGACGCCGAGGCCGGGGGUGGCAAUGGGAAGGGGGACGGCCCCGGCCCGGCCGGGAAGGCCAACGAGACGGAGCCAAAGGCGCGUCCGCAGAGCGUCAUCGAGGAUGCCAAUACGACCAAGACAGUUGAGUUUGAGGGCUGAUGCGGUGAUCGUUACGGGGCGUAGUCUCUGAUGUGGUGAGGAUUUUCCUUGUUGUACGAAAUGGGUUCAUGGUCAUGGCGUGCGCGGCGGUGAGCUGUUUUCCUCCCCUUUUCCCCUCGCCCGCCGCGUUGUAUUCCUCCUCUUUUUUCCCCCAUCGGAUCGCAUUUUAUGGGUUACAGGGUUUCAGAUGUGGGAGCAUAGACCACCGCUACUACUACUACUACUACAACAACAACUACAUCAUUGAUGGCAUUGUGAUCGAAGCCGAAAGAGAGCGCCGGCUUGCUGUUUACUACCCCUUCCGUCCUCAUGGCUGAAGUGUGGCGUUCGGCAGGAUCCCGGCCAACCAGCAUGCAUUUGCGACAGGCGUUUUCCACGCCGCGACUAAUUAGCCAGUGUGUGGCUUUCUGUACGUGACGGUGCCUUAUGUAAUGGUGGUUGCGAAUUCCAACCUCACCCCCUCGUUGCUAGGUGAUGCUGUCGGCAUGGUUCACCACGACGGCAAGAGGGGUGGCGGUACAUCGCAAGCAUUCCACUCAUCAUCAUGGUCUCUGCUGUAUUCACGAAGCUGGCUUGUGAGAUGUUCCACCCGUGCUCAGCUGCUGGCUGACUGAUGGCGCCGAGGAGCUUGUUUUCUCUUCUUCGCCCCGGUCCGUCGGCCAUGUGUCGAUGGAUUCUUCCCGGCAACGUAUGUGCCAGGCUCUGAUGAGAUGGUUGCGCGGUUGGUCAGGUUCGAGUUGCCAGGCUGAAGCCACAAUUUGCAGCAGCCACGGGAUUCGACAGGCUGCUAUGCACGCACACCCUCUUUGUCUAUGCUUCUCGCAGGAGUUUUCUCGUGCUUUACCACUCUCCGAGCGAAGGUUCCCGGGGACCAACCUCCAGCUCCAGUGUAUUAGCUCUUGAUCGCCCUGUC